GUCGAACAUAGAUAAAUAAGUGUCUGCCGAAGGAUCGAAAAUAUGAAUUCAUUCUUAGAGUCCUCAACCGAGGAUAGCCACGAUUUUGAUGAUGAGGGCCAUGAAUCAAAAUUGGUCAACCAAAAAAAAUGGGAACUUGGCUACUUGAAGAAGAAAUGCCGCAAUCUGGAACUGGAACAGUAUUACGUAUCCUACAUGAAACGUUUGCGUCUAAGCCAUCUUGGCAUUUUCAUAUUCAUUCUAAUACUUAACACGAUUGUACAUUCCAUGUUACUUAUUGUCUCAUUCUCUAAAAGCGAGAACCGUGACAUUUACGUAGAUAUCGGAACAUACAUGGGUUGUACCACAGUUAUACUCAUCGUUUUGGUUUUUAACUUUCGCACGACCGUCAAUAAACGCUGCGAAUGUUUAACGUUUGCAACGAUUUGGUUAGCGGUUUCAGCGCUUGUGGUGAUGGAUAUAUCCGUGCCAAUCUAUCGCGCUGUCACGGACUAUAAUAUUACCGUACCGACCUACUAUAGCUUUAUCAUAUAUUCCAUCUACAUAUUUAUGCCGAUUGCCGAAGACGUGCAGGCUUUUAUUUUAGGUGUGGCAGUUGCCGCCUGCUACAUUAUCUUAUUUUCAUUCGUAACAUAUCGUCGCCGUUUUGAUGGCACAAGAGAAGUUGAUUUGCCAAAAAUCAUAUCCGAAGGCAUAUUUAUGACCUGUGUCAAUAUGCUGGGUCUGUUCUUUCGUCUGACACGUGAAGUCGCCAUACGUACAACAUUCCUCGAUAAGCGUCAAUGUGUUGAAGAAACUUUAGUUUUACGAGCUGCUAGAGAUCAGGAGAAAAGCUUACUCUUGAGUAUUAUACCAGCGCAAAUAGCUAAUAAAAUCGAAGAAGACGUCAAGAUGCGGAUCGAACACAUGAAGGAAAAUAAAAAACAUAGACGAUCAACGAAUGACGAUGUGGGCUCCCCGCCGACACCUCUAUGGCGACAAAUGGACACUGAAAAGCUUUUCAUUGAACCGCAUGAUGAUGUUUCAAUCUUAUAUGCGGAUGUAGUCAACUACACUUACCUGACUACAACACUGGAUGUGAAAACAUUAGUGGAAACUUUACACGAUUUAUUUGUAAAAUUCGACACAGCAUCCCAGGAGUACGAUGUUUUGCGUAUUAAGUUUUUAGGUGACUGCUAUUAUUGCGUGGCCGGCGUUCCAAUCCCCAACGAGUACCACGCUAGAUCAUGCGUUUACCUUGGCUUGCGUAUGAUAAAGGAUAUACGUGAUGUGAGAUCGAAACGAAAGCUGGACAUUGAUAUGCGUAUCGGUGUACAUUCUGGGAAUAUUUUGUCUGGCGUCAUUGGUGCAAACAAGUGGCAAUUCGAUAUUUGGUCCAAAGACGUGGACAUAGCCAAUCGGCUGGAGUCGACUGGUGAGGCGGGUCGUGUGCAUGUUAGCGGACAGACUUUGCAACAGCUGGACGGUGAGUUUAUGUAUGAGGAGGGCACAGCGAAGGCGCGUUAUGAUCCGGUCUUGCGCAAAUAUCAUAUUCGGAGUUUUCUAAUAAAACCGCCAUCAGCAAGAGUUUCGUCGUACAUUACGAUGAGGCGACCAGCAGCAGCAAUGCGAAAACGUUUAGAAACAAAAUCUGAUCCCAGAAAUGAUAUCCCAACAAAUUUCAUGCAGAGCAGCAUAAGUCAGUAUAAUCAAAUUCGAACACAAGCGACUUUGGAAAUGAGCCGAGAAGUAGAAAGAAUGCCUAUUGGCAGGAUACAGUUUUCCAAAAUAUGUUUCGGUCAUGAGAAGCACUCAACCCAAGAUGAAAUGGAAGAACAACGGUUUCGAAAUAAUAUUACGUCGCUAUUUUUAUUUUUCAAAGACUGGCGCUGGGAAAUCAUGUUCAUGAAGCAGCCAGAUAUUAUGCUCAAGUACAGCGUUUUCGUUUCGUACAUAACGCUGUUGUGUGCCAUUAUAAUGCAGGCGGUCAAUACGUCGCAAACAUUAGCGUUUUGGAUACUAGUUGGAAUCAGCAACAUUGUAAUGAUAUUGCUAUUGGCCUUGGUUUGGUACAAAAAGCUUUGGAUAAUGUUUAUUAGCGAGACAGAGUCAUCGAAGCCAAUGAGAAAAGUCAGCAAAUGUCUCUAUAAACUAUCGGAGCGCAUUCAAAGUAACAUCAUUGUUCGCAUUGGCAUGUACUUAGUGGUGCUUAUCCUGCACUCCACUGGCAUUAUCUUGCAAUUGAUAUAUUUCGGUAAUCAUAUAAAUGAUGCAGCUAAUGUGCAGAAUUUGCGUGUCGCCAGGCAUGAUGUUUCUACAUUCAAUGCUUGGGCUAUCACAGAGUGUUUUAUGUUGACCAUUUGCAUAACCUUCCUAUUUACACGGAUUCCAUUCGUACUCAAAUUGAGUGUUGGUGUUUUCACAUUAAUUUUUUACUCAGUAGUCGUAACGCUCUCGUAUAGUUAUGUUUAUGGCCAGAGCCUUAGCACUAACGAUCACUUAUAUCCAGAAUAUUCACAUAUAUUUGUGAUGUGCAUAACGCUGGGUAUAUUUCAUCUAAUGGAUAGGCAGACGGAGUUCAUAGCGAAAGUUGAUUAUAAUUGGAAACGACAACUACUUAAGAAGCAGGAUGAUGCUAAAUUUACAAAUGAGACAAUUUCGAUACUUAUCAACAAUAUUUUACCGUCACACGUUGCCGAUAUUUACAUGUCGCGACAGAUGACAAAUGAGCUCUACUAUGAGGAGUACGAUAAUGUUGCCGUUAUGUUUGCAACAAUACGAAAUUAUGACACAGAACAAGUGGGCAUACGAGUUUUAAACGAGAUUAUUUGUGACUUUGACGAAGUGUUGAGUACUUAUCGAGGCUCGAGAAAGGUAGAAAAAAUCAAAGUGGCCGGCUGGACUUAUAUGGCAGCAUGUGGUCUGGAUCCAAAACGAUCAGAGCACCGAAAAACUCAAACAGCUUAUCGCAGCUCCUCGCUGCUGCCCAAUGGGCGAAGAAGCCAUUAUUCAAGCAGACAACAUGACACAGAAGAAGGAUUUGAAGUUGUCGAUGAUGAGGAGCUGCCUACAACAAGCAAAGGCGCUCAAAGCAUACGUCUACAGGAGUACGAGGGCCACAAUAAAAAGAGCUCUAAGUCCGAGGAAUAUAACGAUGUAGUAUUCAUAAUGCUGGAGUUCGCUAUGGAUCUGAUGCGCACAAUGAAGUCCUUUAACGUCGAGAAUUUGCAAUGCGAAGACGAUGACGAGGACAGAGGUGCUUUGCGAAUUGGCAUCUCGAACGGCCCUGUGAUGGCGGGAGUAGUGGGCUCUUAUAAACCUCAUUAUGACAUUUGGGGAAAUGCGGUGAAUAUGGCAUCGCGUAUGGAUUCCACUGGUAUCGCCGGCGCCAUUCAAGUUACAGAGAAUACAGCAAAAAUAUUGAAAACUUAUAAUGUUAAGUGUACUUAUCGGGGGUAUACACUCGUGAAAGGACGUGGUCAUAUACCUACGUAUUUUGUAAACGUUGACGAAUCUUUGAAUUUCGUAAAGAUUGACCAAAUGUCGGCGAAGUUGGAGGAUGUUAUAGCAGACGAAGAGACAACUGUUUGUUAAUUUUAACAUAUUUAGUCAACGUAAUACAAGCAAGUAAUUGAAUUGUUUAAAAUGCUACCUAAUAAUAACAAUAGAUUGGCACUUACACAAUAUGUUAGUGUU